UUAUGAAUGGCCUCCCCGCACCCUGCUUGUGCGCGCUCCCUGGGAGCGCGCAGCACCGCGGUUCGGUGCCAGCUGUGUCCUCCGGACACAGUGAAACACCGAUCGUUGGCCAAUCAGUGAUCACUUGUGACAUCACUGCUUACUACGUGUGAAAUCUGUGAAUGAUCACAGAGGUCACAUGGUACAAGGCUAUUCACAACAGCCUUGUACCAUGUGACAAGGUGUGACCAAUCACAGAUCACUCAGUAC